AUGGCCGGUUCCCAGCUCAAGCGCCUAAAGGCGUCACUGAGAGAUCAAGGAAUCACUGGCCCACAAAAGUCCAAGAAGCAACGGCGAAAGUUGGCUCAAGAUGACACGGCUCGAAACGACAAGCGCUUGCAGAGAGGUGUUGUCUUGGAGGGAAUCCGAGAGCAAUUCAACCCCUUCGACCUCAAGCAUGCCGCGCGCGGACCCAAAUUUGAGGUGACAACCAAUAAACCAAAGACUUCAAAUGCCGCUGUCAAGGGGCGACCUGGUCUGGCCAAGGCCGCCAGCGAGGAAAAGCGUCGCAAUAAGGUCGGAGGCAUCCUCGAUCGACGAUUCGGCGAGAACGACCCGACAAUGACUCCUGAGGAGAAAAUGUUGGAACGAUUUGCUCGUGAGAAGCAGAAGACGCACAACAAGAGGUCUGCUUUUGAUUUGGAGGAUGACGAACCUAUGGAUGGCUUGACACAUAUGGGAAGGUCACUUGAAUUUGGCGAAGAGGAGGAACUGGUGGAUGACUUUCAAGAAGACGACCUUGAAGGUGACGAGGACAGCGAUGGAGACACCCGGGAGAAGCGACUCAAGCGACUACGCGCCAUCAUCGCAGCUGGCGAGGAAGAGGGCGGUGAGGAUGGUGAGCCAGAGCGCAAGAAGACGAAGAAGGAGGUCAUGGAAGAGGUUAUCGCCAAGUCAAAACUCCACAAAUACGAGCGACAGGCGGCUAAAGACGAUGACGACGACCUUCGGAUGGAGCUUGACAAGGAGCUUCCUGGUAUCCGAAAACUACUGUGGUCUAGCCUCAACGGUGGAAAGCAUCAGGAGAAUGCACCUCUAUCCACUAUAGCAGGCGUCGAUCGGGAUGCCUUUGACAGGAAUUUCGAUAUACAAGUCAAGAAACUUUCCCAGGAUAAGAAGGCGCAGCCGUCCAAUCGUACCAAAACAGACGAGGAAAAGGCGGAAGAAGAAUCCAACCGGUUGAAAAAGCUUGAAGACAAACGCCAAAAGCGAAUGAUGGGAGAAGAGGUGUCAGAUAGCGAUGAAGAUGAAGACGACAAGAAGAAAGGCAAUGCGGGCGGCAGACAGGAAGACGAUGAAGACGACGACGACGAUGAUGAUGGGUUUGGACUGGGACACGGUAUCAAAACCAGACCAACGGCAACUGAUUUGGGCUUCGACGACGAAGAUGACUUUGUCAUCGACGACGACUUGGUGGCUAGCGGAUCUGAUCUGGAACUCGUGGAAAGCGACGAUGAAUUCGACGAGGAGGAAGAAGAGGACGAUAGCGACUCGGCAAACCAAGCUCAAGUUGAUGAAGACGACGAUGAUGAAUUCACAAAAGGGCUUCUCAACGAAUCAGAAACCAAAGACCCUAUAUUCCAAGCAAACUUCUCUUCCAAGGAGCAGAGCGAUGAAAACGGAUUGCCAUUCACAUUUCCUUGCCCUCAGUCAUGCGCCGAAUUUGUUUCCAUCAUCAAAGAUUAUGAACAUGCGAAUUUGCCCAAGAUUAUCCAACGAAUUCGUGCGUUGUAUCAUCCCAAGUUGGACAGCAAGAAUAAAGAGAGAUUGGCAAAUUUCUCUGCAGCUCUGGUGGAUUUUGUGGCCCUUCCUUGGAAUUCGGCGACAUCACCGCCUUUCUCUGUCCUAGAAAGCCUCAUUCGUCACAUUCACUCUCUUGCCAAGAUGUUUCCAGUUGAAAUUGCCAAGCAGUUCCGUCAACAUCUUGAAGAAAUCAGCCAGUCUCGGCCCAUUGCGCUGCUGCCUUCGGAUUUGAUAGUGCUCACAGCCAUUGGAACUAUAUUCCCAACGUCUGAUCACUUCCAUCAGAUUGUGACCCCAGCAAUGUUGACAAUUGGCCGGUAUAUCGGCCAAAGGGUGCCUCGAGAGCUGUCAGAUUAUGCAAUCGGAACAUACUUGUCCAUUCUGAGUCUGCAGUAUCAACAACUAUCUGAACGAUACGUCCCCGAGGUGAUCAAUUUUGCCUUGAACACUAUCUGCUCGCUCUCACCAAUAGCCCCAUCAAAAUCAUUGGGUAACUUCCCGAUACACGAGCCUUCAGCAGGCAAUCGAAUCCAAAAGGCGAAGAAGGUUGGAUUAAGGCGUCUCAACUUCUCCGAUUGCCUUGCUGAGAACUCUCAAGAGGGUGGCAACGCUCUGAAGCUUGCUCUGCUAGGUACAACUAUUCAAGUGCUUGACGCAGCCGCAGAUUUGUGGACGGGAAAGCCCGCAUUUCUAGAGACAUUCAGCCAGGUUGUUGAGGUCUUGGGUCAUGUUAACAGCAAGCCAUCACGGGAGCACCUCCCAGCGGCUGCCAGCGAGAAGGUAGAGAGAUUAGAAGAGAAGCUCAAGCGAAUGUCUAGAGUCUCGCAGCUGUCACGCCGGCCUCUGGAGCUCCACCAUCACAAGCCCCUCUCGAUCAAGACUUAUAUACCCAAGUUCGAGGACACAUACGAUCCCGACAAACACUACGACCCCGACCGCGAAAGGGCCGAGAUGGCCAAGCUCAAGAAGGAGCACAAAAAGGAGCGCAAGGGCGCCAUGCGAGAGCUGCGAAAGGACGCCAACUUUAUGGCGAGAGAGAACCUUCGCGUCAAGAAGGCCAAGGACGAGGCCUACGAGAAGAAGUACAAGAGGCUCGUCGCCGAGAUUCAAAACGAGGAGGGACGAGAGGCGAACAAUUACGAGAGGGAGCAAAAAGCACGGAAGCGAGCG